CUUCACAUUUAGAUGUGAAGCUGGGAGAAUGUGCAGAUGUGAAAGACUUUUCCUGCACCUUGUGGUUCUCUGUUGUGCACAGGGGCUGCAUAAACUCACAGCAUCUGCCCUGGCCCUGCUCCUGGCAGCAUCCUUCAUCUCCUUCUCCUGGAGUGCCCCUCGGGCUCAUUUCCAAAGGAGAAACUGGACUCCUCAGGCCAUGCUUUAUUUGAAGGGUGCACAGGGACGUCGCUUCAUCGCAGAUGAGAGCCAGAGGAAGGACCUGUAUGACAGAGAGCAGCUUGAAACACGCAGCCAUAACGCAAAUCCUUUAUCUCUUUCCGAAGCUGCUGCACUGUUCCUUACUGCCUUACAGAAAGCACCAGAAGUGGAAGAAGAAAACAGUGAUCACCCUGGCUACCUGACAGACAAUCUAUCAAACUGGUGA